AACAACAAACUUACUUUCAAUUUUUUUUAAGUCCACUCUCAAACUCUCCAAGUUUUUUCGAUCAAGUUCAAGAUGGUGAAGAAUGAAGUGAUGGUGGAUGAUAUCCCUUUUCCUUCUCAAUUCAUGAUCAACAAUAAGCCUUUACCUUUGAUGGGCCAUGGAAUAACAGACAUAGAGAUACACUUUCUCCAAAUUAAAUUCACUGCAAUUGGAGUUUACUUGGAUCCAGAAAUUGUGACUUAUUUGCAGCAAUGGAAGGGCAAAACAGGGGAAGAUUUAACUGAAAAUGAUGAAUUCUUUGAGGCUAUUGUUAAUGCUCCAGUUGAUAAGUUCUUGAGAGUAGUAGUGAUUAAAGAGAUCAAAGGUUCACAGUAUGGGGUGCAGCUAGAGAACGCUAUACGUGAUCGCUUAGCAGAAGUCGAUAAAUAUGAGGAAGAAGAAGAAGAAGCCCUCGAAAAAAUUGUUGAAUUUUUUCAGUCUAAAUAUUUCAAGAAAGACUUCGUAAUAACGUAUUAUUUCCCAGCUACUUCUGAUGGUGCAAAGAUAUCGUUCGCGAUAGAAGGUAAGGAAGACUUGGAAAUUGAAGUGGAAAAUGCAAAUGUUGUAAAGAUGAUGAAGAAAUGGUACUUAGGUGGAAGCAGGGGAGUGUCACCUACAACUAUUUCUUCUUUGGCUAACAACAUUUCUGCUGAAUUGUCUAAAUGAAAGACAUUAUGUUUAUGUUUGUUUUGUUGAAUUUGUUGUUUUGGUCAUGUUGGCUUUUGUAUUUAGCCUAUGGAGACCUUUUGUUUCAAGAUUUGUGUUUGAAAUUUAAUAAAUUAGAAGUUCAUUUAA